AUGAGCGGUGGCCCCCAGCUGCAGCUGGCGGUCCUCUGGCCUUGGCUGCUGAUGGCUUCUCUGCAGGCAGGGCUCGGCCGCACCGGGCCGGCGCUGGCGGCAGCCGUCGAGUCGGAGCGGGCAGCGGCGCAGAAGGCCAUCAUCAGGGUGAUCCCGCUGAAGGUGGAGCCCAUCGUGCUGGAGGGGGAGUUUGCCAGCGUGGCCGAGGUCACUCCCGCCGAGGGAAAGCUGCUCCAGUCCCACCCGCUGUCCCUGUGCAACACCAGUGAGGAUGAACACACAGAGUCAGGAUUCAUCACCAUCGUCAAGCUCGAGCAGCCGGAUCGGGAUCCCAACCCAUGCCUGUCCCUGGCUAACAAGGCAAAGCUGGCAGGGGAGCGUGGAGCUCGUGCAAUCCUUUUUGACAUUACCGAUGAUGAAAGUGCUGCCGAUCAGCUGAGAAAGCCCAGAGGUCUGAGUCAACCCGUGGUGCUGAUCAGGGGCCACGACGCUGAGCUGCUCAUGGGCGUCGUGAACAAGAACAGAGAGGCCCAUGUGAAGAUAGAGGUCAAGGAGCCACCAGCUUGGCCUGACUACGACGUGUGGAUCCUUCUCACUGUGGUCAGCACUGUUGUCGUCAUCAUUUUGAUUUUUGUCGUCCGCACAAAGUGCCAGCUGAACAGGACACAGGACUCGGUACAGCAGCAGACCAUGCAGGCCAUCAGGCAGCUGGCCACGCGCAGGUACCAGGCCAGGUGCCGGCAGGCCUCGCGGUGGGACUCGGCCAGCAGCUGCAGCUCGGCCCCGGUCUGUGCUAUUUGCUUGGAGGAGUUCACUGAGGGCCAGGAACUGCGGAUCAUCUCAUGCUCCCACGAGUUUCACCGGGAGUGUGUUGACCCCUGGCUGCAGCAACACCACACGUGUCCACUUUGCAUGUUCAAUAUUCUUGCCCGAGACUCAGUGGACCAGGCCACGGCGGCAGGCUCCAGGCUGGCUCCUCGGGACAUGGAGCCCGGACGGCGGCUGCACCUUUUCCGCCAGCACCCAGGACAUUCCCUUUACCACCUUCCACAUCCCUACCCUCAGAGGAAUCUCAGGAGCUUCCCUUCAGAGCCAGCCCACAGCAACCCCUUCUUCCACUCUCCAGAGCUCUCCCAGCUGGAUUUUGGCACAAUCCACUACAUGCCAUACAGGCCAGCCAGCUCCCUGCCCGCCUGUGGGCACGCGUCCCCCCUGGCCUCCGGUUUGCGGGGCCAGCAGCACCCCAGCCCUCCGGCGUGUGGGCAACCCCCCCACAGGACGUGUUCCCUGCAGCCCACACCGCCCUGCCUGGGGCUGACGGCAGCCCUGGCACAGCGGCAGCACCGGGCGCCCAUCCCGCGCCGGGGGGUCAGCCACGGGCACCAGCACAACAGCAGUGGCUCCGGGGAGAGCUAUCUCACGGAGCACAGCGGGUACCUGGCAGACGGUCCAGGCAGCGACUCCAGCUCGGGGCCCUGCCACGGUUCUUCCAGCGACUCCAUGUUGAACUGCACAGACAUCAGCCUGCAGGGCAUCCAUGGCAGCUGCUCCACUUUCCGCAGCUCCCUCAGCAGCGACUACGACCCGUUUGUGUACUGCAGCUCAGAUGGGCCCACCAUGGACAACGGGCCGGAGCGGCAACGGGCGCUGAGGGAGACGCGACCCAGGUCCUUGGACCUGAUGGUGCCCGGCGGUGCCGCUCCAGCCAAGGCCCAGGUGCUCAACCACAUCCACUACCACCACCACCAGCACCACCACUACAGAAGGGAGGUGGAAUGCACACCUGGCCGGGCUGGCUCAGGCCCUGGGCAGCGCAAGUCCCGAUACUCUGGGGCUAAGGUUGGCUUUCACAGUGCUCGGACGCAAAAGAGGGCUGAGAAGAGCCAUCACUGUCAGCAGCCACUGGAAAGCAGGACAGAGUUGCAGGAGGCUCCUCCAGUGGGACAGCCAGCCUGUGCUCAGCAAGGUCGGGAGCCCCCGCAUGCCUCCUCCGCUUCUCCCAACAGGUUGGACUUCGGUGUAGAUGCCAACAGACAGUCGGGAGCAGCAGGCACGUCCCCUGUGCUGCUGCCCCAGAGACACAGCUUACAGAGCCGACAUCACCGAAGGAAAAGAAAGUGUCCCCUGGAGCUCGAUCCCGCUCUCCUGCCCGAGGAUUCAGCCUUGCCCAAAGCCUCUGAUGCUCACAUUCCUCAUGGCCACCCUGCUGGCCACCGCUGCUCGCCCGAGGUCCAACCCCUGAUCCCAAGCUCUCCCAUGCCCUGCAGCACGGGCUCCCGGCCGCUGUGGAAGUGUUUGGUGCCACAAUCCAGCUCAGAGCUGAAAAAGCAGGAGGAGGGGAUGUCAGGACGGGAGGGAAACCGCACGGUUCCUGCUGGUUUCUCAGGAACAGGCACCCCAAGGCACAGUCUCCACCUGCACUGCCCAGCUCAGCAGUGUGGGCAGGGAUCUGAAGAGGAGGUCCAGGAUGUCCGUGAACACUCAGUUUAACAAGACACUGGCUCAUUUGCUUACGGGAGAGCUGGAGUGGACAAAGAUGUUCAGCAAACCGGCCGGAGUGGAGCUCACAGCUCAGCGUCUGCACGUGUUGAGCAGCCCUGAGCUGCACAGCCCAGCCGCGCUCAGCCCGCACAGAGCCGUGUGAUGCUGGUGGUCUCCUCAGCGUUUCCGCAUUGCGAUGGUCACAGAAGCACAGAGCUGUGAUCUCCAGGUCCUCUCCUCCUGUGAAGGCCCAGGCAGCCCAUCUUCAUCCAGAGGCAUCUGUCUGCGUGGGCUGGCUCGCUCAGAGACCAGUCCUGGGAGUCCUCAGCUGGAGAGCUGGCCGACAGAGAGCAAGCUGCUGUUGCGGCGUUCGUGCCAUGUUCGUGCCGCAGAAGGUUUUGAAAAACACUUCAGAAAUAAACAAGCCUUCGAGACCAAAAGCUGCAGGAAGGACUUUCUGUGGCCUGGUAGCUCCCAACUUCAUUUCCUCUCUUAGGUCAAAAGCCGAACUUCUUCCUUUAACUUUUCCACUCUUAUUUCAGACACAGGAACAAGGUAUUCUCCAUCCCAGCACUCACAGGUCCAUCCUGAAAGGUGCUUCUUCCAACCUCAUUGGAAACUAACAUCUCUCACCACUUCUGACCACUUCACUGUCCUUCAGCUGAAGCCAGCUCAGCCGUGUGCUGUGUUUGCCAGCAGCAGUGGAGAUGAAGACCCAGGGACAAUGUCACAAUUUCUGGGAAGAAGCUGGGUCAGAUUCUCUCCAUUGCAAAGAAUCUACCCUCUCAUCUCCUAUUGCAAAUACAUCUCUCUUUCACCUGUAACGCCUCCAUCUACUCUCAAAACAGGUGUGGACAGCUCUGUUUAGAGCUUAUACGUUUUGAGCAUGUUUCAAAGUUGAGAUGGCCCCAUCACAGGAGUUGUGGCAAAUCCUUGAUUUCACGUGGCUCCUGCUUCUCUGCUUUUCUUGUUGCCCCAAGGGGAAAAAAAAAAAAAAAAUCCCAGUAUAAGCGUGUGUAAUAAAUACAGAGCAGAGCCCCAUCUGUCACCCAGCCUUAUUCUUGUACUUCUGUGAGACACUUGGAACGCCACCAGCUCUUGUUUCCUAUGUCUCCUAAUUUGGUGACAUUCAAGUAAAAUAAAAUCCAGGAAAUUCACACCAUGAUACCCAAACAGUUUUCAUACAGCAAGGAUUUAGGCUGUGGAGUUCACUGCCUUAACUGACCAUUCAGGACAAAGAAUUAGCCAGAAUCCCACGUGGAGAGCACGUUUAUAGGGCACCAAGGUUAUCUCAGGUUUUCAGAGUUGAUGAAACAUUGGGAAGGAUAGGUCAUAAGAGCUGAAGGUAACUUCUGACAGAAACCUGGUGUAGGGACAGAAGUUCCCCAUCUCCUCUCUGAUAAUCUCUCUGUAUCUUCCUGUCAAGCUGCAGCUUCUUUCUCAGUUCAAGAGCACAUAGGCUAGAUGGUCCCAGUUCAGAUUAAUCCAGCCUCUGCCUUCCUUCUCUUCUGAUGAAAGCUUUUAUGGAGCAUGCUACCCUUAAUCUUUGAAAGAGGCAUCUUUGUCCCAGCUUCAAAUCACUGACAUGAUGUUAUUAAAAGCCAACCAGUAAGACUGCUUUAAACAAAACAUGAAUCCCUUGCUAGUGUUCCUUUUCUUGUGUCCUGUGAUUGAGCUGCUGCAAGACCUCUGAGACUAGGGAAGAGCUAAAUUUUUCAUAUCAAAGAACCCAGCAGAAUUGUAUUCUAGCCUUUUCAGGCUCCUCUUGUCCUGCAAGGCAAGCAGAAGACACAAGUCCAGAUGUUUUCUCCCUUGCAGAAAAGCCAGUCUUGAAGAGAAAAAAGAAAGCCAGGAACAGGUCUGGACUCCCCCUGUUCAACUUGCUGUGUGUGCGGCACACGUCUUGUCCCAGCCAGCCCCCAGGGGGCUCAGAUGACUUCACGGAUGGGGGUGAUGAAGUCAGGGUGCUCCCAGUGGUUUCUUUAGGAGUCAAGAAGGCUGAGAGCCCCCAGAGAUGCAUUUCACUGCCUCAAAGGAACGAGUGCCUCGUUUGCAGUCUGAAAGUACUCCUUUCCCUCCAAAUCCUAAAAAAAAGGAGGACUGAAUCUCAGCAAGCCCCAAGCUCCUUGGAGAAAGUGGUCAGUACUGACAAACCUUUCCACUCCUACUGCAGUAUUACCGGGCUGUGCAGGGCAACGCCCGCCUCAAAGUGUUUUCAUGUCCUGAUUUUUAUGCUGCUGCUACUUUUCAUUCAGGAAACAGACAUCUCUGAUGCUGGGCUCUCUCGGUGGGGCUUGCUGAGCUGAACGCAUGCAGGUCUGUGUAGGUGGGUUCUCAGGUGGGAUGAGAGGGAGGAACUCUGCAGGAAGAUGGUUUUUGCAAUCCUUUUCUGUAGAUGGAGUAGAAUCCUCAGCCACCUGAAAGGGAAGUGAUGUCUGAGAAUUUGGAAGAUGGUUCCUCUCGGUUCCUGCACCUCUCGCUUCAGAGUGAUACUUUCGGGUGGUCAGUGCCCUUGGGCUCUGUCACUGCAAGUCCACAACACCACUGCAAUGAAACAGCAUUUGUUUUCCUUCACUGAGUCCAAAGACCAAAGCUGAAAACUGACGGAAGCCAGAACAUCCCAACCUCGCUUUAUCCACAACCAAACCAUCAGUCCCUCCCCAGGGACCACUUUCUUCCCAGGACCUUCAACCCCACCGUUACGGGUGGCUGUGGGCAGAGUGCCUGGGCCGGCUGGACCUCCUCCGAUUCUGCACAGAGCCUCUGCUCCUCCCUUUUUUAAAGUUCAGAUCCUUCUAAAUGUGAAUACAAGUUUGUUUUUUGUUUUGUUUUGCUGAGUCUAUCCUGGGCUUGGGAAUAAAUUAUCAACCAAAAAUGGAAGAAUAGGUUUUAUAUAUAUGCAAAACUGUGUAUUUAUGUCUGAUAAAAAAACAAAGAUGUGUGAAUAUGCUGAUGUGCUCAAAAAUAUAUUUAUUUACUAAUA